GGAGGGAGUGCGCGUGCUUGGUUUCAACUCCAAGCAGCGAGUGUGGCGGCGUGAAAUUUCUAGAAAUGAAGGGUCUUGGGUUUUAAAACUGUGGCUCGGUGCCGGAGUAAAAGGUUCGACUUCUGCGAACACGUCAAAAAAAAAGUGUUCGCAGACGCUGUAUCUUCGUCUUAGGCUGUUUGUUGUUCAUUAGUUUAUUCUAAGCACAGUGUCAAUAAAGCAGUAUCACUUUGCUACAGUCCGGUUCUUUUGUCGCAGCGAAGAAAUGAACCAUAAAAGUAAGAAGCGGAUUAAAGAGGCGAAAAAGAGCGCCAGACCCGAACUGAAGGACUCAUUAGACUGGACGAAACAUGGGUACUACGAGAAUUUCGAUUUAUCACACCGGACAGUCAAGGAUAACGUGGAGAGGGUGGACAGCCGACAUCUGUCUCCAGAGGAGUUCAUCGAGCGCUACGAGAAGCCCUACAAGCCCGUGGUGCUGCUCAGCUGCCAGAACAACUGGCCGGGCCAGGAGAAGUGGACCCUGGAGCGUUUGAAGCGCAAAUAUCGCAACCAAAAGUUCAAGUGCGGGGAGGACAAUGACGGCUACUCGGUCAAGAUGAAGAUGAAGUAUUACGUGGAGUACAUGGAGUCCACGCGUGACGACAGCCCCCUCUACAUCUUCGACAGCAGCUACGGGGAGCACGCCAAGCGCCGCAAGCUGCUGGAGGACUACGAAGUGCCCAUCUUCUUCAGGGACGACCUCUUCCAGUUCGCAGGGGAGAAGCGCAGACCACCCUACAGGUGGUUUGUGAUGGGCCCAGGACGCUCAGGCACCGGAAUUCACAUCGACCCACUGGGCACCAGUGCCUGGAAUUCCUUGGUCCAAGGUCACAAGCGCUGGUGUCUCUUCCCCACCCACACCCCUCGCGAGCUCAUCAAAGUGACUCGUGACGAAGGGGGAAACCAGCAGGAUGAGGCCAUCACCUGGUUCAGUGUCAUCUACCCUCGGACUCAGCUGCCCACUUGGCCUGCUGAGUUCAAACCACUGGAGAUCCUGCAAAAGCCUGGGGAGACUGUCUUUGUUCCAGGUGGCUGGUGGCAUGUGGUUCUCAAUCUGGACACGACAAUUGCUGUCACACAGAACUUUGCUAGUACCACUAAUUUCCCCAUUGUGUGGCACAAGACUGUAAGAGGCAGACCCAAACUUUCGAGGAAGUGGUACAGGAUCCUGAAGCAAGAACGCCCGGAGCUGGCUGCGUUAGCAGACUCUGUAGAUCUGCAGGAGUCGACGGGCAUUGCCUCAGACAGCUCCAGCGACUCGUCUUCCUCCUCAUCCUCCAGCUCCUCUGACUCAGACUCUCAAUGUGAGUCUGGCUCAGAGGGUGACACCAUGUCGCACCGCAGAAAAAAGAGGAGGACCUGUAAUAUGAUGGGAAAUGGUGACUCAACAACUCAGGAUGACUGUGUGAACAAAGAGCGCAGCUCCUCCCGGUGACACCCAUGUCAGUGUUCUUUCCCCAGUCCUUCCCAGCAGGAACUAUUAGGAAAAGGGGGUGUGUGCCUUCUGCCUCCCCGAGGAAAAGCAGAAUCCACAAACUGCUGGAGUGCAAGGCAUGCAGUUUUAAACCUAUGCUUCUUACUGUUUUAAUAAGAGGUUUGCCUGGAAGUUAUUGUCUUAUUUGUGUGACUGAACAAACCGUUGCAUUUUAAGCCAGAUGGAGAUGAAAGUUGUAAUGUCACUUAAAUGUUUUUUUAUAUUGAAACCAAUAACAAAAUGAGCAAGUCUUUUUUUUUUCCUUGCACAAAAGUCUUUUUGAUAGAUCAUCAGCGCAAAGAUUUGGGGAAGUAUUGUCUCCUGUGGGGAUCAUGUGUGUUUUACUGCACUUCGUUAAAGUUCUGCAGGAGCAGACUGGACGUAAUCCUAGGGCUGAGCCACCUGCUCUGUAGUGACUUUAAUCUUCACUUGAUGAGCAGCUAGUCAUAUUUAUCUGAAAAUCUGGGUGGAAAACUAGCAGUUUGUAAUUUGUUAACAGUGAAAUCUGAUCGUAUUGGGUAUUUGGAUAGUUGUAACAGGGUUUGAUCUGCAACAGAACAUGCUUAAGUCUGAAAAUUCGAAAAAAAUGUUCAUUGAUAAUUAACAAGAAAACUGUGUUUUGUGGGAUUAAUUUGUGGUCAUACCGAGGCUAGAAAAAGUGGCAGGUUGCCUCUACUUCAUGUGAGUGAAAGACUUGUCAAAAAAUACUGAAAUGUCUGUAUUGUAUAUCAUUUGCCAGAUUAGAUGUUUUACAUUUUUUGUACCUAAGGUUGGUUUAUUUAACAUUGAAUGGUUAAGUUUAAUCAUAAAUACAAAAUUGAUUUAAAAAAAAUGUAAAAUACUAAAAAAUGUGUGGAAAGAACUUUCCAUGGCUGUAUACUAUCUGAAAGCUUAUGUCUAAAAUCGUCUGUGGAGUUGGAGCAGAAAAGGGCUGGUGCAAACACUUUGUACUGCUCUUCACUGAAUUUAUUUUUCUCAGUCUGAUGUAGCAUAGGCAGUAAGAUCUAAUAUUCUUUGUCCUAUAGCAGGCACACCCUCUGAGGUUCGUAGCAGACAGUAAGGUUUAUCCUGACCUUUGAUGUGCCUAUCCUGGAAAACUGUUCAUUAGUGCACUAGGAAUAGCUUUAUUGCUUAAAACUCUCAUCAUCAAGUUUGUAGCUGAUGUUACUUCCACUGCACAUCACUUUUUUUUUAUCUGAGGGGUUAGUUGAACUGCAGAAUUCAUUGAUGCCUUAAACCCAAAUCUGAAACGGUUCCUGUAUAUACGUGGAAUUUACUGUCUUCUCUGCUGCUUGACAGGGAGUCUGACAGCAUCCACUGCCCAACACUAAACCAUUCAAGUUCUGCUCUUAAAUAGAGCUCAUAUCUUAAUACAUCUAGGUUUUUCAAGAGCAGUUAAAUAUAAUUUGAGUGCUAUAGAUAAUCUUGAACAGUAGCUAUCAAAGAAGUAGUAGGAGCCAAUGGAGCCUUAAAAACGCCACUAUUUAUAAGUCAGUAGUAAAAGUCAGCUUGUCAGAAAUGUUAACGGUUUAAAUUAAGUUGUGACAAAGACCUAACACUUGAUAUUUAAAUAAACAAGGAUUUAUUUAGAAUUAUUUAUUGUCGUAGUGCUAGAGUAUGAGCAAGAAAGCUUUGUUGUUUUCACCUUGUAGUUUCCCCCAUCAAACUAUAAGAAUUACUUAUCCCUUUGUACUUUUCUAUGCUGAAGGUAAGGAUUUGAGGGAGUGAAUAGAGUACAUUGUUCUUGCACCUUUGUAAUGGGUGUCUGUUUUAAGGGCACACGCCUGUUACGCACUGUUCAGGAACUGCAGAAAAUAAAGCCAUGGUUCGUUUUGAUUACCUUAACUGUUGUGUUUAGCCUGUAAAGUGGCAUUCCUACCUGACUACAAUGGUUAAAUUUGUGUUUUGGGCACUUUAUUGCACCUGAUAAAACUUGGGUUUGAUGUGGUGUAAGCUUAUUUAGAUGGAGACCGGCAAUAUAAAUACAUAAUCAGUGGAAAUUGUAAUAAAAUUACAAAAAGUAGAGUCUUUAAUUAUUAUUGAAGGAUCUUUGUGGUAUGGAGUUUGGUCUGGGAAAACAAUGCACUGGAUGGCUGGCUACCUAUUUGAAGAAAACAAAGUCUCAUUUUUUUCUUUUACUAGUUUCUUAGUUAUAAAGACAAACUGUAAUUUUUGUUAUUAUUUUGGCAAAUAAAGUCAUGGCCCUAGAAUAACAAUAUAAUGACUGGAGUUAUCUGUAAAUAGUAUGGCCAGCUCUGGUCUUUGUCUACAGUCUAUUGGCUUUCCUGCCAGCUAAGCUUUAUUGCCCAUCUUUCUGGCCUUUGGCAACUUAUUGAAACUGCUCAUUGCUGCUUGCCUAGGCCACGUUUAAGUAGCAAUUUGAGAUGCAUGAUCCAACAUAGGUGUUUUGACUUUUAUUAUAUUGGUAAAAUAACAAAUUGUAAAAAAUGGAGGGAUUAAGUCAAUCCCUAAAUUUUUUUUGAGUCAGAUUCCUUCUGUUGCAUAAUCCUAAUCUUGUGUUGCAUGAGCCUAAGAAAAACUAGAAAAUCUUCAUGAUGGAUAUAGCCUUGCAAGGAUUUGCCACACACUGGCAAGACUGGUAAUCCCAAGAGAAGCCAGCUCAGUCAGUGUACAAAAUCUAACUUAAUAUAGGUUUUGGUUAUAGGAAGAAAUAAAGAAGCACCUGGGUCCAACCUUUCAUUAUUAUAUACAGUAGAUCAGAAACAUUUUUUUUUGUUUUUUGCUUCCCAUAAACAUUUAUGAGAGUUCUAUUUUGCAAUCUGUCCCCCAGAUUCACUCAUUGUUUAAUUAAUGGAAAGAAUGAACAUUUUAAAUAAUUUCCGAUUGUUUUCUAGGAAACAAUUACUGUAUGUCUAGUGGCAGAAUAUUAAAAUCAGUCUGACUCAUUUAUUAUUAGUGAAAAUGGUAUACGUUUUUAAAUCAGUGUGAAAAAAGAGCAUGUACUUCUUUCACCAGUAUUUGUUAUACCAGAAUGAUGUUUUUUUCACUUUUGAAUUAAAAUGUAAUGUGCUAGAAAUGAAACUUUCUUGGUGCACCUGUUAAGUUUCAUCAAACAGCCUUAUGACUAUUUCCCCUAAAAAAAAAACAUAUUUAAUGUUCAUUUGCUAUUAAUACAUUGAAUACUGGUGUAUGCUUGUUGAGCGUGCUAGAUGGCUACAGUUCUAUCUUAUGUUUUGUUUUUUAAUAAGUGCCUGUUCAUGCUGAACCAAUUGAAAUUUCUACUUUAGAGCAGCCCUGGAAAAAAAAUCUGCUAAAGGCAGUUAAGGUUAAUUGUUUUUGCUACGCUUUUAAUUUUUGUAUACAGAAUGAGUUGAAGCAAUUUUCCUUGAGGUGUUUGCUACAUUUUCCAAAUGGUUAAAAUUGUCGUAAACAUUUUGAAGCUUCUAAAAAUGUGGGAAAAUGAAAACAGGAAGCAUAAAUGGCACCUGGGUUUUAAAGCAUUGUUUUAAUCAUUGUGUGAGAUGGUGCUGGUAUUGUGUGCAUUGGGGGGAGUUGUUCUGGCCAAUGCUAAUAUAUCAGGGAAUUUGGGUAAUAAUAAAUGAACUCCAGACAAAAACUGAAGGGUGAAAAUGUAGAAAAGUCUUCUUUUUUUCCCACACUCCUGUAGCAUUGAAUGGAUACUGUUAAGAUUUGUUUCCUGGUUUGAAAUGAAGUCAUUGCCUUGCUGAUUGUGGUGGAGAUUUGGUUUUAUUGAGUUUUAUUAUAGCUGGGUUUUAAGGGGGUAUGGGUCAGUGGUGCAGCAUAGCACAAACACCCAGCUCCACCUAAGGGCUUAACAUUCUGUCUCCUGCCACAAAUGAGUCCUCAUAUUUACACCUUGAUUGUUUAUGGAAAUAGAAAAAAGAAAAAUUAAUAAAUAUUGUAACUGAAAAGGAUAUUUUAAAAACAGAGCACUUAUUUUUGCUUGCAGAGAGAAAUUGAUGUAUGCAUAAUGUGCACUGAAAUUUCGCAUUAGGCAAAUGCACUUGAGUGCUCACUAUUAAACUGGAAAUUCUAUACCAUUAUUAAAAGCUUUUUCAAUGUA